CUGGUGGUGGUUUUGGGAUGCAAUGUUUAGAUCAUUGUUGUGUAAAUCAGGGGGGACUCUGAAAAGGGCAGCUUCCAUCAUCAAUGGAGAAUCUUCUUCUUCUUCUUCAGGAUUAUCUGCAGCUAAGUAUUUUAUCUUUACAUCUCAAAAUCAAAAUGUUGUUGUAAUUUCAAAUUCUAGGGUUGCUUCCAUCAUUUGUUCCUUCUCUACUACUAGUAGUAGAAAUGGAAAUGGCAAUGUUACUUCUUCCGAUUCUGAUUAUGAUUCAUCAUUUGUGGUUUCUUAUCUGGUUAAUUCAUGUGGAUUAUCACAAGGCGAAGCUAUUACUGCUUCUAAAAAACUCAAAUUCAAAACCACUUCUAAUCCUGAUUCAGUCUUAACAUUACUCAAAUCAUACGGAUUUACUGAUUCCCACAUUUCUAGAUUAAUACCUAAACAGCCACUCAUUCUCUCAUCUAAUCCUCAUAAAACCCUCAAACUCAAAUUUGAUUUUUUCAAAUCCAAAGGGAUUCAUGGACUUGACCUUGCUGACUUCAUCUCAAAUGACCCAAAGAUCCUGAGGGAGAGUUUUAAUAAAGGAAUAAUACCUUCCUUUGAUAUCCUUAAGAGCAUUCUUCAGACUGAUCAAAACGUCAUCAAAAUUAUUAAGCGAUCUAGUAGGGUUCUUUGUAUAAAUGUGGUUAGAAAAUUGAUGGGCAAUCUAGAGCUUUUGAUAUAUCAAGGUGUACCUGAAACUAAUGUUUCUAAGUUUCUAAUCCAACAACCAAGAUCAUUUAUGAUAGAUAUCAAUAGAUUUAAAAAGAUGGUACAAAAGGUUAAUGAAAUGGGUUUUGAUCCUUCCAGCACAAUGUAUCUUGUAGCCGUAGUCGCGUUGACAUCAAUGACGGAAGCCAGUUGGGGAAAAAAAUGGAUGUUUACAAGAGAUUGGGUUGGUCUGAAGAUCAGAUUCAUUCAGCAUUUAGGAAAGAACCUAGUUGUAUGAGGGCUUCUGAGAAGAAAAUUAUAUGAAUUUCCUUGUGAAUGAAAUGGGUUACGAUACAUUAAGUAUUGCUGAAAACCCAAGAGUUCUUCCCUGUAGCUUGAAGGAGAGGAUUAUUCCAAGGUGUUCUGUUAUCAGGAUUUUAGUCUCCAGAGGUCUGAUCAAGGAAAAAAUUCCUUUAAGCACUCUUUCAAUAAUCGUAGACAAGUCUUUUUGGAGAGGUUUGUAAUCAAGUAUGAGCAACAAGUUCCUGAACUCAUGAAGAUAUUCCAAGGUCAGCUUAAUCACCAAAACCUGCUACAGAAUUGCAGGAUUUGAUGGGAUGAGUACACGAUGUACGCGGGGAAGCUUUUGCAGCUACAAAAGAGAAUUGAGCAAUAUGCUGGCAGGUGCUCCCAGGUUUCAAUACUGCAAUACAAUGAAAUCCGGAGCAGGUUGUUAGGAGGGUCCAGCUGCAAGAGAUUCGUGUGUGCAGAAGUAAGCUAGGAAAUCUAUUUUUGCAUAUAACUAAAUGGUUUUUCGUUUUUCUCAAGUAAGUUAGAAUUUUGUAGAAAUGACCCUAUAGGUAAGAUUCUGAUCUUGUACAAGAAUAUAUGAUUACAAUGUAGAAAUGUGAACAAAAGCUGCUUUAGAUAGCUUCUCUCUUGUUGUCUGACAAUCUGAAGCACGAGAAAUUAACUUGGAAUCACUCUUUUUGUUGUGUUUGGCCGCAGAAAAGAAAUAUGUGUGCAACUGUGAACAAGAUCCACUGAAUGUAUUCCUGUUUCAGAAUAUUUGGGUGGCAUA